CAGAGUAUCUAAAUCCUCGGUUGUCUGGAGAAUCGCAUCCAUAAGAUAGACGAACUGAAAAAAAAAAAUUGUCAUUAAGUUGACAACAGGUGCGCCUGUCGCGAUGCCGGUCAAGAUGUACGAUGUGACGGCCCGUGUAUUUGGCGCCAUGCAGAAUCUGGAUAUAACAUCUCUCGCCAGCUACCCGGAGACCGAGAUUCGACCGGUAUUACCGUCGUUAGUGCGAAUGAGCCUGCUUUCGCCACUGGACAAUACCGAAUCUUCGAUGGAGUCACGUAAACAGAUACUCGCCGUACUCAUUGGCAUCGAGGUGGUCAAUAGUAUCGUCUCCUAUCUCCAGGUCAACUAUCACGAGCUGGAGAACGAUCUUAAGAAGGAAUUGCUUACACGCCAGAAAACGAGCAGUGUGACCAACUUUUUCGAUGGACAGGGUCAGCCGCAGCCGCAGCCUGAAUACGGUCUUCAGUCGGGCAUUGCUCUUGGCUUCGAGCGUGCAGAUGUGGCACGCAAAGUCCGCGUCGUCCUAUCCGAAAUCUUCAAUCUUCAGCAACAGGUUGCAGCGAUUGCCGAGCAAAAGCCAUCGUCGGGCGCAUCUGUGGGCGUGUCGAGCCAUUCUGAAAUCCUUGAUGAUGGCAUCUAUUUGGAGGAAGUGGUGGACAUACUAUGCAUUGCUCUCGCCGAGCUGCCCUCCCUGCUUAACAUCUUGGAGCUAACGGAUGCUCUGGUUCAUGUACCAAAUGGAUAUCGCAUCGUUUGCGCAUUGGUGGCUAAUUUUCCAGACUGCUAUCGGGAUGUGGUCUCACAUGUCAUUGCCAAUUGUGAUGAGGAGGGUGCCGAGGGCAAACAGCGUCUGGCGCUGUUGAUGUCGCUCAGCGAAAUGAAUCCCUCACAAGCGCUGGCCAAUCGCUCCAUGUGCGUGGACAUGAUGAAGGUGCCAUCGUUUAUGCUCAAGCUGGCACUCAAGCAUUCCGAGGAUUUGAUCGCCUUCCUAACGGGCUUGCUGCUGGGCAACGAUCAGAACCUACGCUCCUGGUUUGCACUGUAUAUUCGCACCAGUCAGAAGCGCAAGGGCGAUGCACUGAAUCUGGUGCGGAUCGAGCUGUUGCAGAAGAUCCUGCAGAUUACCAGCAGUGCGUCCGAGCUAAAGGAUUUCAAUUUGCAAGGCGCUGUCCUGCUGCGGCUCUAUUGCGCGCUGAGAGGAAUCGGAGGACUAAAGUUCAAUGACGAUGAGAUCAAUGCAUUGUCCCAGCUGGUCACCAGUUGCCCACAGCCGACGGCGUCGGGUGUGCGGUUUGUCACACUGGCGCUCUGCAUGCUGAUAGCCUGUCCGUCGCUAGUAUCGACGAUUCCGCUGGAGAACAAGGCUGUGGAGUGGCUGCAGUGGCUCAUUCGCGAGAAUGCGUUCUUCUGCAAGCGCUCGGGCACGAGCAGCUCCUUGGGCGAGAUGCUGCUCCUGUUGGCCAUACACUUUCACAGCAAUCAGAUAACGGCCAUCAGUGAAAUGGUCUGCUCCACGCUCGCCAUGAAGAUACCGAUCCGGCCCAACAGUACGAACCGCAUCAAGCAGCUGUUUACACAGGAUCUGUUCACGGAGCAGGUGGUGGCAUUGCAUGCUGUUCGCGUGCCCGUGACACCCAAUCUGAAUGGCACAAUUCCGGGAUAUUUGCCAGUCCACUGCAUACAUCAACUGCUCAAAUCGCGGACCUUCCUCAAGCAUAAAGUUCCAAUCAAAUCGUGGAUCUUCAAGCAAAUAUGCAGCUCGGUGCGGCCCGUGCAUCCGGUGAUGCCCGCAUUAGUUGAGGUCUUCGUUAACACGCUGAUCAUACCGAAUCCUACGGGGAAGAUCAGCAUUGAUCACAUGCAUCGACCGUUCACCGAACAGGAGAUUCUGCACGUCUUUCGCACCUCGCCGCUCACCUUCUUUGCCGAGGAGCUGCAGCCGACGAUCGCCAACGAGGAGCUCAACCAGGUGGAGGUGGCGUGUCCGCUCACCUCGCAGCUGCUGAUGAUCUACUAUCUGAUGCUGUACGAGGACACCCGGCUGAUGAACCAGAGCGCAUUGGGCGGACGCAAACAGAAGGAGUACACGAACAAUUUCCUUGGCGGUCUGCCAUUGAAGUACUUGCUGCAGAAGGCGCAUCAGUAUCACAAUGACUAUCUCUCCCUUUUCCAUCCGUUGCUGCGGCUCAUCAUAUCCAACUACCCGCACUUGAGCAUGGUCGACGAUUGGCUGGAGGAGCACUAUUUGGCCACAGCCAUCGACCUGGAUCACCAUCAAGGGUACGAUCUCAGGCCGGAGCUGUUGACGCGCGCCCUCAAAAAUAUCCAGACGAAGCCACGGCUGGCCAUUCGCCUGUUCAAGCGUCUGCUGCAGCUGCCCCCGGAGGCGUUAGCUCAACAUGCCCAUCAGCUGGUACAGCAUCUGCCGCACGUCUUUCGCAAGGAUGUGCCGCGCUAUGUCAAGGACCUGUAUAACGAUCUCUGGCUGAGAUUGAAUGCCGUGCUGCCCACCACCUUCUGGAUCAUGUCGCUGCGCGCCAUCACCAACAAUUCGGAUGCACUCAAUCGACGCACCUUUGCCAAUGAGAGCCUGCUGGAGCCCAUGGAUGUAUUAGGAUGUUCACGCGAGGUGUUCUGCUCCCCGUACAUGUUGGUCAUCCUGCUGCGAAUUCUGAAGGGCAGCCUGGCUGCGUCGAAGACCUAUCUAAACGUGCACAUGCAACAGAAACAGGUGCUGGACAAGAAUGGACUGGUGCAAACGGACGCGGACAGGGAGGAGCUGAAGACGACGCUGAUUGCAUCGCAGGAGAGUGCGGCCGUUCACAUACUGCUCGAGGUGCUGGACUAUAUGGACAGCAAGGCGGACACGCGUGUGGCGAAGCUGGAGCUGCGCGAGCUGCAGGGCAUCAUUGGCACGUACGUGCAUCAGGCGUUCAUAACGGAGCCGUCGCUGGCCAAGCUGGUGCACUUCCAGACGUAUCCCAAGUCCGUCAUACCGAUGAUCGUGGCCAGCGUGCCCUCGAUGCACAUUUGCAUUGACUUCGUGCACGAAUUCCUCAACGUCACCGAAAUGGACAAACAGAUCUUCACCAUCGAGCUGACGUCACACCUGGUCCUGAACUAUUCGAUACCCAAAAGCUUGGGCGUCUCCAAGUUCUGUCUGAAUGUUAUACAGACGACGCUCUCGCUGCUCACCGCAUCGGCCAAAUGCAAAUUCCUGCGGCACGUGCUGCCCGCCAUGGUGCGGUUCGUCGAAACGUUUCCCAUUCUAGCGGACGACUGCGUCAACAUUCUGAUGAACACCGGCCGCAGCCUCCACUCGCAGUCCUCCCUCGGUGUUACCACCAUGCAAAUGCCUCUAACAGAGAGCGCGAAGCUCUGCUCCUACCGCGAUGCCCAGCUCCAUAUUAAUAUGAUCGAAGAUGCUUUCAAAGCCCUCGUCGAAGCAGUCAUGCAAAAGGCGGAACUC